AUGCCACCAAGGAUUUUAGAAGGAGCUGAUGUUUUGGCUCAACUACAGAUGCUUGGGGAUGUGCAAUUUGGUAAAUCUGGUCGAAAGAGAAAACGCACUGCUGAAGAGUUGAACUGGACAAAGUAUAGCAUUUUCUUCAAGCUACCGUAUUGGGUAACCCUGUGUCUUCGACAUAAUCUAGAUGUCAUGCAUAUUGAGAAAAAUAUUUGUGAUAACAUCUUGUGCACAUUAAUGAACAUUCCUGGGAAAACCAAGGAUAAUAUCGAUUCUCGACGUGACUUGGAGAUUUUUCAGUUUAGAAAAGAAUUACAUUUGAAGGUUCAAGGAACUGAUAUUGCAUUGGCCUUGACUGAACUGAGCACUUUCUUCAAGGAGUUGUGUGCCCGAACCCUGGAUGUUAACCACCUAUCGCAACUCCAAAUUGAUAUUGUCACAAUUCUAUGCAAAUUGGAGAUGAUAUUCCCCCCAUCUUUUUUCGAUGUCAUGGUCCACCUAGCUGUCCACUUACCCCGUGAGGCCAUACUUAGGGGUCCAGUACAAUACAGGUGGAUGUAUCCAUUUGAGAGGUAUCUCGACAAGUUCAAGCGAUAUGUUAAGAAUAAAGCUCGCCCAGAAGGCUCAAUAGCCGAAGCCUAUAUUCACAUCGAAUGCGUGACUUUUUGCUCAAUGUAUCUCCAAGAUAUUGAGACAAAGUUUACUCGAAUGGACCGCAACAUUGAUGGUUCAAGAUUUUCAGCUAGAAAGGAGCACUACGAGAAAUGUAAGGUGCAUAGCCCAAUGAGUAUCAAUCGAACACAUCAAACUGAGUUUCCAACUUGGUUCAGGAAACGUGUUCAGGACCAGCGUAUCACCAACCCACUAGAUGUGACUGCUGAUCUGUAUGCAUUAGUUUGCGGUCCUGAACCUAAGGUUGCAUCUUAUGCUGCUUGCAUUAUAAAUGGCAAAAGGUUCCAUACAAAGCAGCGUGAACUUCAGAGGCAUACACAAAAUUCAGGGGUGUUAGUAACUGGUGACGAAAGUACAAAUAAUGUUGACUUCUACGGUGUUAUUAAUGAUAUCGUGGAGUUACGCUAUAUGGGUUGGCAUCGGGUGUACUUGUUCAUGUGUGAUUGGUUUGACGUUGGUGAUCCAAGACGAGGGAUACGAGUUGAUAACCAUAUGACCAGUAUCAACAUGGACAGGACUUGGUAUAAGGAUGAACCAUUUGUGUUAGCAUGCCAGGCUUCCCAAUGUUUUUACAUCAGAGAUAUAAGGGUGAAAGGGAGAUGGUUUGUGGUGCAAAAGUACACGAAUAGGGAUGUAUAUGACAUUCCAUCGGUGCCAAGGGUGUUAGAAGAUAUUGAUGGCGAAUCAAGUGAUGAUGAUGCCUAUCAAGAAAAUGAAUCAUCAUAUGAUUAUGCACCAUUGCAUUGUGAUGGAUGUCUCGUGUCAACUCCAUUGAAUAGGAAUGAUAUAGAACCUGGCUUGAUUGAUGCACGAGAAGUCACUGGUUUGGUUGGUCAAAACAUGGAUUCAACAGAUUUUAUUGACGAUGGCCUGAUUGCUUCUAGUUCAGGAGAUGCGUAUGGUGAUGGGAAAUAUUCAGAUGAGGAUGACCUGCCCACAGACGACGAGUUUGUGUCAGAAUAG